UUAAUAUUCUUCUUUUUGGCCUUUCUCUUCAACUGGAUUGGUUUCUGCUUGUCCUUCUGUUUGACCAACACCAUUGCGGGCCGGUAUGGUGCCAUCUGUGGCUUCGGCCUCUCGCUUAUCAAAUGGAUUCUCAUUGUGCGAUUUUCAGACUAUUUUACUGGAUAUUUCAAUGGGCAGUACUGGCUCUGGUGGAUUUUCCUUGUUCUUGGUCUCCUGUUGUUCUUUAGAGGGUUUUUGAAUUACCUGAAAGUGCGUAACAUGUCAGAGAGUAUGGUGUCUUCACUUCGAACCCGCUUCUUCCUCCUGUACUAG